AUGGCAGAUCCAAGCCUGUAUACUUAUCCCUCACCUCUUGAAGGCUUUGAGGAUUUACCUCCCUUAUCAGACGAGCGAGCGGCGGAUGGGAAAUCCUUCGUAAAUCCGCCAGCAGCUGAGCCGAGUCCAGCGUAUAAAAGCUUCACCGCACCCGUCUCCAAUGGCGAACGUGGAGGCUUUGACGUGCACAUCUAUUUCCUGCAGUCCGACCAAGAGCAGACGACGUUCGCAGCGCAGCUAUGGGAGAGGAUACGCCGGGAAUUCCCUGAGCUAAGAAUCUAUCGGAUAUUCGAUAAGCCCAUCGGGCCGCACCCUAUGGGAAUGUUCGAGGUCAACAUCUUCACUCCAGAGCAAUUUGGCGCAUUUAUUCCAUGGCUUGUCAUCAAUCGCGGGCCGCUAUCAGCUCUUAUUCAUCCCAACACCGACGAUGAGGAGCGUGACCACACACAGCGAGCUACGUGGAUGGGGCACCCCUUGCCAUUGAAUCUGAAGAUGUUCAAGGGAGGAAAGCAUUGA